AUGAAUGCGGAUAAUCGACGAGGGGAGAUGGCGGACGUGAAGAUGCAGCUGGGUCAACUCGCGGGAAGCAGGGCGCCAGGAGCGGCGGAGAUGCGGCGGGAGCUCUUCAAGAAGGUCAUAUCGCACAUGACCAUCGGGAUCGACGUCUCGUCCGUCUUCAGCGAGAUGGUGAUGUGCAGUGCGGCGUCGGACCUGGUGGUGAAGAAGAUGUGUUACCUCUACGUUGCCACCUACGCCGCCACCAAGCCCGAGCUCGCCCUCCUCACCAUCAACUUCCUGCAGCGCGACUGCCAGGAUGACGACCCCAUGAUUCGGGGCCUGGCCCUGCGCAACCUGUGCGCCCUGCGGGUGCGCGGGCUGGUGGAGUAUCUCGUGGGGCCGCUGGAGCGAGGGCUGGGGGACGUGAGUGCGUACGUGAGGGCGGUGGCAGUGAUGGGCGUGCUGAAGCUGUAUCACCUGGCGCCGGGGGUGUGCCGCGAGCAUGGAUACAUCGGCAUGCUCAAGAGGAAACUCUCUGACGACCCAGAUGCGCAGGUGGUGGCCAACUGUGUGAGCGCGCUACAGGAGAUACUGGCAGGGGAGUCGCUGGCAGAGGAUGGAGAUCCCGAGGCCGUGAGGGACCGCGACAUGCUGCACGGCCGCGCCCUCGUCUUCUCCCUCCUCAACCGAAUGAAGGAGAUGAGUGAGUGGGCGCAGUGCACGGUACUCGAUCUGGCAUCGCGCUACACCCCAUCCCACCCAGACGAGGCGUUUGACCUCAUGAACCUGCUGGAGGACCGCCUGCAGCACGCCAACAGCGCUGUUGUGCUCGGCACCGCCAAGCUCUUCCUGCACCUCACACUCUCCAUGCCGGACGUGCACCACCAGGUGUACGAGCGCAUCAAAACCCCGCUGCUCACGCUAGUGGGCACGUGCAGCACAGAGCAGUCCUAUGCGGUUCUCUGCCACCUCUCCCUGCUCGUCUCGCGCUGCCCGUCUGUAUUCGCAGGCGACUACAAGCAUCUGUACUGCAAGGUCCGCGACCCGCCCUAUGUGAAGCGCCUCAAGCUGCACAUGCUCACGGCUAUUGCAAAUGACAGCAACACCUACGAUAUUGUGACGGAGCUGACAGAGUAUGCUGCGGAUGUUGAUGUGUCCAUUGCACGAGAGGCCAUACGGGCAGUGGGGCAGAUAGCGCUGCAGAGCUACGAUGUGAACGGCAUUGUGGACCGGCUGCUGCAGUUCCUGGAGAUGGACACUGACUAUGUCACUGCGGAGACUCUGGUGCUGGUGCGUGAUCUCCUGCGCAAGUAUCCCCAGUGGGCGCAGGACUGCAUAGCCGUGGUGGGCUCUGUGAGCUCUCGCUCCGUCACCGACCCGCGGGCCAAGGCAGCUCUGGUGUGGAUGCUGGGCGAGUACGGGCAGCACAUGGGGGACGCUCCUUACACGCUUGAGGGUUUCGUCAACUCGUGGGAGGAGGAGACAAACGCCGAGGUGCGCCUGGAGCUGCUGACAGCCGUGGCGAAGCUCUUCUUCAAGCGCCCCCCCGAGUGCCAGAAGAUGCUGGGUGCUGUGCUCGCCCAUGGGCUCGCUGAGUCGCAGCAGGACGUGCAUGACCGCGCGCUGCUAUACUAUCGGUUGCUGCGAGCGGGAGUGGGCGUGGCGGAGCAGGUGAUCAACCCGGAGAAGCAGCCGGUGUCGGUCUUUGUGGACUCGCAAGGCAGUGAGACGCGCGACCGCAUCUUCGAUGAGUUCAACUCCCUCUCUGUUGUUUACCAAAAGCCAGCAUACCUGUUUCUCGACAAGGAUCAGCGCAGCCUGCUCGACGCCGAAUACACCUCCGUGGCCUCUGCCGCCGCCGCCGCCGCUUCUGCUGCUGCCGCGGCGGCCAGUGCUCCUGCCACUGCUGCAGCUGCCCCAUCUGCUCGUGCGUCACAGGGCGAAUCUGCUGCCUCGCUCCUCGACGCCUCUGACAGGGAGCAUGCUGACUCGCCUCUCAUCUCCACCGCUGCUGUGCCCAACGGCCAUGCUGCUGCUGGUGCUGCUGGUAGUGCUGGUGCUGGUGGUGCAGCAGCAGCAGCGGCUCCUCUGCUGCCGUUGGAUCUUCUAUCAGAUGGACCCGCACACAGCCUGCUGGGCCUGGCAGCGCCUUCCCAAGCGACAGGUGGCGGAGCGGGAUUGGAGGACAUGCUGUCAGGGGGGCAUGCACCUGUGCGGCCGGCGCUAGUGCUGAGUGCCAAGGCGUCCCUGGAUGCACCGUCCUUCCAGCGCACGUGGAGCCAGCUGCCUGUCGCUGCUACUCUCGAGGAGAAACUGCCUGGAACUUUCAUCACUGCACUGACAGCGCCAGCCCCUCUUUUAAGGCACAUGGUCCACAGGAACAUCCAGUGCAUGGCAUCAGGCGGCCAACGCCCUGCCUUCAGAUUCUUCUUCUACGCGCAAAAGGCCGAUGCGGCGCCAGGUGGCAUGUUUCUAGUGGAGCUGCAGGUGAACACAAGUGCUGCCACGGCAAGUGGCAAGGUGAAGGGGGCGGCAGGAGCAGCUGACGAGUUUGCUGCCUUGUUUCCCGCGCAGCCAUCCAGUGCAAGCCGCGCAUCUUGGCGCCACCUGAACCGCGCAUGGCGGAACUGCGGGGAGAAUGCUCACCUCGCGGCGCCCUCCCGCGGAAACUCCGGAAAAUUUUCAGCGCCAUCAGCCGUCUACAUCGUUCGCCUGAGAUCGGCUCCUCCCCUUUCCGAAUAUCGCGGCGGAAUCGCGGGCUACCACGCGACGGCCACGUGGGACGACGGCAGCGACGAGGAGGACAGUGAUGCCGUGCCGCAGAUGAUUCUCCCCGCCGGCGAUUCCGCCGAAGCCGCAAGCGGCGAGUCCGUCGACCUGGACGACACUGACGGCGACCACCUCCUCCCCAAGUUGAACGCAACUGUGACCGCGCCGCCCCCAAACGGCACAUCUGACGCCGCCGCUGCUACUCCCAGCGGUCGCGGCGGUAACGGUAAAGGUAACGGAGGUCGUAACGGCGGCGGCGGGUGCCCGCGACACCGGCUGAUUCUGAGCAUGGACCGCCCCCAGGUGGCGGCGUUUGCGGGGCUGCUGCAGCGGCAGCAGGCGCAGGUCGCGAGCAUACCCGAGGACGGGCUGAUCUACAGCUACAAGCACACGUCCAACGGCUUCGUCGUGCGCCUCACGCCGCGCCAGCUGUGGCGGUUGCGGCGCCACCCCGCCGUGGCGUCCGUCCGCGCCAGCCGCGUGUUCCGCGCGCAGACGACCGACUCGCCGCAGUUCCUGGGGCUGCCCGGGCAGGUGUGGCCGGCAGUGGGCGGGCAGAGCAAGGCGGGCGAGGGCACGGUGGUGGGGAUCGUGGACUCGGGUAUCUGGCCCGAACACCCGUCCUUCAGCGAUAAGGGCCUCUCCUCGCAGCUGCCCGCGGGGUGGAAGGGCAAGUGCGAGCAGUCGAGCUCGUUCCGGUGCAACAACAAGGUGAUCGGCGCCAGGGCCUUCUAUGCCGGCUUCCAGCAGGAGAGCGGCAGCCCCGUGUUGACCAACGACUGGCUCACGCCGCGAGAUGCCGACGGCCAUGGCACGUGGUGCGCGGGGGCAGCCGCGGGGAACCCCGUGCAGGUGACGGGCGGCGGGCAGAUGAGCGGCAUGGCGCCAGCAGCGCGCAUUGUGGUGUACAAGGUAUUUUGGACGAGCCAGGAUGGGAAUUUGACUGCGGCAGAGUCAGAUAUCAUCGCAGCCGUCAAUCAGGGCGUGGCGGACGGUGUGGAUGUGCUGUCGCUGUCUCUGGGGGUCGUGGAUCCCGAGCAGAAUUAUUUCAACGAUCUCGCUUUCAUGCGAGCCAAUGCUGCCGGGGUGUUUGUCGCCUUAGCUGCCGGCAACGCAGGGCCUCCAGGUGGUGGUGGGUUCUACCGCACAAUUGACAACUUCUCGCCUUUCUACCUGACCGUUGGCGCCAGCAGCGUUGACCGAGGUGGCGCGUCCCUCGCCUCCUCAACUGCCGGCGCCCAGUCGCUCGCUCUUGGUGCCACCAUCAGCAGCAACGGCACCGACGGCAGCACCAGCGGUAACUUCAAUGGCAACAGCACGGACGGCAGCAGCAGCACCGUUCUGACCGCCGACGGUGGGAUCACCUUCACCUCCUCCUCCUCCUCCGCCCCGGUGGUGUAUGACUUGUCUUCCUGCGGCCCCCUGCUGCCGCCCUCCGCCACGGCCCAGCCGCCCAAGCCAGGCAACGCCAUCCUGAAGCCUGACAUCAUCGGCCCCGGAGUGGACCUCAUAGGCGCUGCUCCCGGCAAGAAACCAGGCGAGCUAGGCGUUGUCGUGCGCGCGUCGGGUACUUCCAUGGCCACCCCGCAUUUAGCAGGGCUAGCCGCAAUAAUUAUCCAGAAGCACCCCAACUGGACCCCGGCGCAGGUGAUGUCAGCGCUGAUGACGACGGCGCGGGUGACAGACACGAGCAAGAGCCCGAUCAAGAGUGCGACAGGCGGAGACGCCACCCCGUGGGAGAUGGGCGCAGGCCACGUGUUCCCCCCGGCCAUGCUCGACCCCGGGCUUACUUACGAUGUCCGCGACCGCGACUACCAGAAUUUCCUGGCCGGGCAGGACCUCAACCGCGCGAAAAAGGAGUUCCCAGGGGUGGCGCUCUCUCCUCUGGCUGUUCGCAACCUCAACCUGCCCACCAUCACUCUGCCUCGCCUGCAGGGCUCCCUGCAGGUCACACGCACCGUCACCAACGUGGGGAAGUGUCGCUCCACAUACAGCAUAUCUGGGAAGGCGCCGCAGGGGGUGAAGCUGACUGUGUCUUCAAAGACCCUCACGCUGGCUCCCGGGGAGAAGGCCACGUACACGCUGACGGUCACAGUGGAUACCCCCACUGCCCCCAUCGGCGCUCACCACCUGCCAAGGGAGCAGUGGAAGGAACCGACUAGCGGUGCGCUGAGGGAGAGGGAAGAUGAUAAUGAUGAAGUUGUUGUACCUCUCUCCACUCCCCCUACCCCUCUCUCUUCCCCCUUUCCCCCCCUCCCUCCCCAUUCGCCCUCCCCCAUACCCACUCAUUCUGCCCACAUUCCUCUCGUGUAUUCUAACAGCGGAGGAGCAGGGGGAGGAGUAAUCGUGCGAGAGGCCAACCACGUAAUAGAGGAGUUCAUGCUACCUUUCAUGCCCCCCCUCUUAUCCUCCUCUCUGCAUCUGUUUGUAUUCAUCUCGUCUCCCUCGCUCUCUGCCCAUCAGGCAUGCAUGUACCUGGUGCGAGAGGCCAAUCACAUGAUAAUUGAGUUCAUGCUGGCAGCCAACGUGUUCGCGGUUGAGAAGAUCCUCCAAUACUUCGGCUCCUACUCCAUGCUCAGGCGGCACCCCACCCCAUCACCCAACAUGUUUGAGCCGCUGCUGCGCACAGCAGAGGCGGUGGGGAUUGCAGUUGACACGUCCUCCUCCAAGAAUCUCGCUGACUCGCUUGACCGCACUAUGGCAGUGGGGGUCGCUAUGGACACCUCCUCCUCCAAGAACCUUGCUGACUCGCUUGACCAAGCUGUGGGCCCUGACCCUCAUUUCAAAAAGCUUAUCCGCAUCCUCACCACUCGCUGCAUGACUCAGGCGGUGUAUUUCCCCAGCGGCCAGCUCGCCCCUGCAGAGAACCACCACUACGGGCUCGCAUCCUUCACAUUCGUGCCCUCUAGCUCUCGUUCACGCACACAACCCAGUACCACCCAUUACGACCUCGCAAGCCCCAUCUACACGCACUUCACCUCGCCCAUCCGCCGCUAUGCGGACGUGGUGGUGCAUCGCCUGCUGGCCGCAGCCAUAGGGUUGACACCGCUGCCGGAUCAGACCAAGGAUAAGAUUGCUCUCACUGCCCUCACUGACAACCUCAACUAUCGCAACCGCAAUGCUCAGAUGGCGGGGCGAGCAUCGGUGGAGCUUCACACGCUCAUCUUCUUUCGCACUCGGUAUGGCAUAGAGGGACCAGUUUAUCUCGUACCCAAGGAACCUCCCAAGGGGAAAGCUGUUGCAGUUGCUCUUGCCAACAAGAUCGAUAGGAAUGCGCCGUCAAGCGACUGGGUGGUGGAUGAUAAGUCGCAGACGGUGGAGUCAAAAGACGGAAAGCGGCGAUUCAAGGUGUUGGACACGGUUACUUACACACCAUCCAGUGCAAGUCGCGAAUCAGCUUGGCGCAACUUGAACCGCGCUUGGCGGAACGGCGGCGAGAAUGCUCACUUCUCGGCGACCUCCCGCAGCAACUCCGGAAAUUUUGCAACGCCAGCUGCCGACGGCUCCGCGGUAUACAUUGUUCGCCUGAGCACGGCGCCUCCCCUCACCGAAUAUCGCGGCGGAAUUGCGGGCUACCCCGCGACGGCCACGUGGGACGACGGCAGCGACGAAGAGGACAGUGAGGAAGUGCCGCAGAUGAUUCUCCCCGCCGGAGAUUCCGCCGCCGCCGCAGGCGGCGAGUCCGUCGAUCUGGACGACACCGACGGCGACCAGCAGCUCUCAAACGCGACGGUGCCAUCAUCACCGCCCGCAAACGGCACAUCUGAUGCCACCGCCACUCCGAGCGCUCGCGGCGGUCGCGGCGGUAACGGUAACGGCGGUCGGAAUGGCGGCGCCGGGUGCCCGCGGCACCGGCUGAGUCUGAGCAUGGACCGCCCCCAGGUGGCGGCGUUCGCGGGGCUGCUGCAGCGGCAGCAGGCGCAGGUGGCAUCUGAGGCAGGCGUACCCGAGGAUGGGCUGCUCUACAGCUACAAGCACACGUCCAACGGCUUCGCCGCGCGCCUCACGCCGCGCCAGCUGUGGCGGCUGCGGCGCAACCCCGCCGUGGCGUCCGUCCGCGCCAGCCGCGUGUUCAGCCGGCAGACGACCGACUCUCCGCAGUUCCUGGGGCUGCCCGGAAAGGUGUGGCCGGCAGUUGGCGGGCAGAGCAAGGCGGGCGAGGGCACGGUGGUGGGGAUCGUGGACACGGGUAUCUGGCCCGAACACCCUUCCUUCAGCGAUAAGGGCCUCUCCGCGCAGCUGCCCGCGGGGUGGAAGGGCAAGUGCGAGCAGUCGAGCUCGUUCCGGUGCAACAACAAGUUGAUCGGCGCCAAGGCCUUCUAUGCCGGCUUCCAGCAGAGCUACGGCCGGCCCGUGCUGAGCAACGACUGGCUCACGCCGCGAGAUGCGGACGGCCAUGGCACGUGGUGCGCGGGGGCGGCCGCGGGCAACCCCGUGAAUGUGAAGGGCGGCGGGCAGGUGAGCGGCAUGGCGCCGGCAGCGCGCAUUGCGGCGUACAAGGUCUUCUGGAAGGACAGCAACGGGGCAAUGACCGCGAUGGAGUCAGAUAUCAUCGCAGCCGUCAAUCAGGGCGUGGCGGACGGUGUGGAUGUGCUGUCGCUGUCUCUGGGCAGCAAGAUUCCCGAUCCCAACGACCACUAUUUCAACGAUCUCGCUUUCAUGCGCGCCAAUGCUGCCGGGGUGUUUGUCACCUUUGCUGCCGGCAACAGCGGGCCUCCCGGGAGUAUUGGUGGAGGGUACUACCGCACGUUGGACAACUUCGCGCCUUUCUACCUCACUGUUGGCGCCAGCACCAUUGCCCGAGGCGGCGCGUCCCUCGCCUCCUCAACUGCCGGCGCUCAGUCGCUCGCUCUCGGCGCCACCACCAGCAGCAACGGCACUGGAAGCACGGACGGCAGCAGCAGCACCGUUCUGACUGCUGACGGCGGGAUCACGUUCAUUACUGCCUCCUCCUCCGCCCCCGUGGUGGCUGACUUCUCUUCCCGCGGCCCCCUGCUGCAGCCCUCCGCCACGGCCCAGCCGCCCAAGGCAAGCAACGCCAUCUUAAAGCCCGACAUCAUCGGCCCUGGAGUGAACCUCUUAGCUGCCUUUCCUGGCAAGAAACCCGGUGAAACCGGCAGUCUUGCCAGCAUGUCGGGCACUUCCAUGGCCACCCCGCAUUUAGCCGGGCUAGCCGCUUUAAUCAUCCAGAAGUACCCCAACUGGACCCCGGCGCAGGUGAUGUCAGCGCUGAUGACGACGGUGCGGGUGACGGACACGAGCAAGAGCCCGAUCAAGAGUUCGACGGGCAGGGAGGCCACCCCGUGGGAGAUGGGCGCAGGCCACGUGUUCCCCCCGGCCAUGCUCGACCCCGGGCUUACCUACGAUGUCCGCGACCGUGACUACCAGAAUUUCCUUGCCGGGCAGGACCUCAACCGCGCGACAAGGGAGUUCUGGGGGGUGAAGCUCUCUCCUCUGGCUGUUCGCAACGUCAACCUGCCCACCAUCACUCUGCCUCGCCUGCAGGGAUCCCUGCAGGUCACCCGCACCGUCACCAACGUGGGGCAGUCCCGGUCCACAUACAGCAUAUCUGGGAAGGCGCCGCAGGGGGUGAAGGUGACUUCGUCGGCUAAGAGCCUCACGCUUGCUCCUGGGGAGAAGGCGAGCUACACGCUGACGUUUACGGUGGAUACCCCCAGUAAUGACUUCCAGUACGGGUUUAUAGUCUGGGCUGACAACCAGGGCCACAGCGUGCGCUCCCCCCUCGUGGUGCAGCCCAUCUCCCGCUGA